CCAGUGUUUUCUUUCGAAUCCCAUUUCAUGCUGGGCAUCACCUGGUUGCACCUCACCAGGACAUCCCAAUUUGUCACAUCCCCAUGGCAGAGUGGAGCUCGACCGCGUUCCUCUGCACCUCCAGAAACCGUUCCGUAGACCUCAAGGAGCUCUUGGCUUUCUAUGAAAUGAUUUCUUCCUCAUUCUCAGGUCUCGACCAUCAAGAAAGGGCACCUGAAAACAAGAAGCGCUACAGUGAGAUAUUCCGCAGCCUGGAUGCCAUCGAGAUCUCGAUUGGAAACGCGACAGUGGAUUUGUUCAUCGGUGACGCCGAUGGCAGUGGGGAUGCAGAGCUGCCCAUGGAAAGGGAGAUCGUUGAGCCAAGUGAAGAUCUCCCCAAAAGCAAAAGCAGUCCAGAGAGACAAACGCAGGGAGACCUGACAGUGGAAGAGGCGGAUGAAAUGCUGAUAAAAUGCCAAGGCGGCGUCGAUGCGGCCCUGGCGUACGCCAAAAUGUGGUGUAAAUACGUCAAGGAGCUCCUCAGCUGGAUCGAGAGACGCCUGAAUUACGAGACCGAGUUUGCCAAAGGGGUCGUGAAGAUAGCGGAGUCGGGACGGAACGCCAUCAUCCACCAGUCCAAUAUGCCUCUUCGGGCGCUCUACAUGAUGGUCUUGGAGCACGAUAUCAAGAUUGGAAAUGCAGCCAGUGAGACGGUGGGGUUGCUGCAACAGAAGGAAUUCUACCAGCCUCUGUCGGCCAAGAAGAACGAGAUCGAGAAGUGGAGGAAAGAGUUCAAAGAUCAGUGGAUAAAGGAGCAGAAGAGGAUGAACGAAUCCCUGUCCUUGCUGCGCAAAUCCCGCCUGCAGUACAUCCAGCGUUGCGAGGAGCUGGAGAAAGCCAAGCACCUGAGUGCAAAGGCAGAGGAUGGGUGCCAGAACUCGGCCGUCAUCAGCCCCAGCAGCGCCACCAAGCAGCUGGAGAAGCGACGGCGCUCCUGCGAGGAGGCGCAAGCCAAGGUUCUGGAGGCAGAAUCUUUGUACAAGACGUGCAUCAACGACGCCAACUUUCGGCGCCAGGAACUGGAGAAGGUGCGGGCGCGGAUCGUCUCCCACAUUCGGAAGCUCAUUUACCAAGGAGAUGAGGUGCUGACGUGGGUCACGUUGAGGAUGUUUAAGCAGAGGCAGACUCAGUCAGAACGGAUUCCAGUGGGAUACCAGCACCUGUAUGAGGUCUGCAAGCCAUACAGAGUGGGUGAGAAAUACCUGGAGUUCAUCCAGGCUCUGCAGAAGAAAGACAUUCCCAUGGAGCAUUUUGAGUUCGAGCCGUUCUCCUCUGGAGGGCAGAGGUCUCCUCCCAGCAACAAAAAGAAGACACCACUGCAUUAUACAGGAUGCAGCAAGGAUGGGAGCACCCCAGAGGACGCACCCAGAAGGCAGAUCUCCCCAAAUGGUGUGAACAAAUCCCUCUGCAGCGACACGGAGAGCCUCGGUGGGAGCUGUGAGUCACGAUCCCUGGAUUCUCCCAGCUCCAGUCCAGGAAACUCCACCAGGAAACUGCUGAAAGCUUCGUCCACGGGCACCAUGUCCUCCUCGGAUGACUUUGAAGAGAGAGAUUCACUGCAAACUUCUGAAAACGAAAAUGGCACAUCCCAGCAGCAGUUCAGGAACGCUCUCCUCUCCAGCGCAGCGCAGACCCAUCGACUCAGGAAACUGCGGGGACCAACCAAGUGCAGAGAGUGUGACACUUUCAUGGUCAACGGCUUCGAGUGUGAGGAGUGCUACCUGACGUGCCACAAGAAGUGUCUGGAGAACCUGCUGGUCACCUGCGGACACAAGAAGCUGCCCAACCGGGCGCCUCUCUUUGGCAUUGACUUCACCCAAGUUCCUCGAGACUUCCCGGAGGAGGUUCCCUUCAUCGUGGUGAAGUGCACCUCUGAAAUCGAAGCUCGUGCGUUGGGAGUGCAGGGGAUCUACAGGAUAAGCGGAUCCAAAGCCCGGGUGGAAAAGCUGUGCCAAGCGUUUGAGAACGGCAGGAGCCUGGUGGAGCUCUCCGAGCAUUCCCCCCACGACAUCACCGGCGUCCUGAAGCAUUUCCUGAAGGAACUUUCGGGACCCAUUCUGCCAUACCAGCUCUACGACAACCUCAUUGCGCUUGCCAAAGAGCUGCAAAAAGCUGGGGAAGAGAAGGUGGACUGCACGAGUUUCCCCUCAGAUCCCAUCCAGAGCAUGAAAGACUUGCUGAGCAAAUUGCCUGGGAGCAACUACAACACCCUGCGGCAUCUCAUUGCACACCUGUACAGGGUGGCAGAGAAAUAUGAAGAGAACAAGAUGUCCCCAAACAACUUGGGCAUCGUGUUUGGCCCCACUCUGAUCCGGCCGGGCUCAGGGAGCGACGUCUCCAUGUCCUGCCUUGUUGACUCCGGGUAUCAAGCCCAAAUCGUGGAGUUUCUCAUCCAGAACUACGAAAGGGUGUUUGGGAUGGAGGACCUGCCCUCAUCCUUAUCCCUCGGGUGUGAAAACCUUCUGCAAGAAGCGCCGACAGAGAAGGAUGAAGGACAGCGGAGCCAAAUCACAGCCCAGAGUGUAACUCUAGAGAAUCCCUCCUCCAAGCACAGCUGCAGCGUGGACGACGCAUCCGAUAUCUCAUCUUCUGGAGAGGCCAUCGAUGGAUUCACGUUGGACGGUGCCCAGAGCUCCGAGGGUGGAGAGGUGAAUGUGAGCGUCGGCUCCGAGCUGGAGGACCCAGAGGAGAAGGCAGGCAGUGAUUCAGAGCCAGCCUUUGGGACGCAGCCACGGGGCCAUUUCAGCCGUCAGCCCGUGAAAUACGCCCGAGCGCAACCAAAAGCACGACCACACAUCCCCAAGCCUUCCAGCUUGCCCUUGAGAGCUACCACAUCACCCAGCAUGGCAACGGACUCUGGGGCAGAAGGCAGCCCCAUUGACAGCGCCUGUAUGGGGAAGGAGAUCCUGGAAGAGAGGACGAGGAGCAGGAACAGCUCUCCGGACAUGAACGCCCUCAGGCAUCGAGGGAAACAGCUCAAACAUUUCCAAAUCACCGAGGAAACAGCCAGGAUCAUCUCCAAGUUUAAAGCUGAUGAGGUUUCGGCGUCCUCAGGGCUCUCUUCGGGUGAGAAAGAGGUGAAAUUCGGCCCGGAGAUAAUCCCAGAGAAAAUCCUAUAAGGAUAACAGCUGGGAGGAGAGGAGAGGACUGCAGUCCCACUGAGAUGCUGCUGCAGAAAGGGGGAAGUAAAGAGAUGUGGGGUGAGAACAGCAUCCCACAUCUGUACGUGCAGCGCGGGGAGGAAACAAGGCUUGGGUUGACCUGGCAGACUUUGAGUGAGCCCAGGAUUUGUUCAUUGCUUGAAAAAUCCAACUCAAACCCAACAUCUCCCCACGCAACGUUCCAGGAGUGAAGGAAACACGGGCGGUCUGGGUAGAAUCGUGGGAUCAUGGAGCUUGGAAAAGAUCUCUGAGGUCAUCCAGGCUGACCAUUCUGAUCUGGAUGUUGCUGGAGUUCCCAUCAGCAAGAAGCCACGUGUGAAUACACUGCCGGAUAAAGUGUAAGAGCUGCCACACAGCUCCCAUUUCUCCCAACUAUUCGGCUCUAUUCCCCUUGCAUCUUCAACCUCUGCACUGCUUAUGAGGCUGGCUUUGUCACGAAGGAGAGGAACCCACGGUGGAUGAGAGGGUUCUCUUCACCUUACAGCACCCUACAAGAAGGGCACCCCAACUUGCUGGGUCUCCAUCCCACCUGCACGGGGAUUGCUCCAAUUUCUGCCUCCCUGCAGCAGAUUUUCUGCGCAGCAAUAGGAACUCGGUCCUACAGUGCCAUCUCGUGACACACGCAUGCAUGUAGGAGAGUCUUCCUACGGCGUCCCUGGGGAUAACUGGGCACUGUGGGAUGGCGUUACAGCCAAAGGCAGAGGAAAUCUGCACGAAAUUUGGGCAGCAAAACGCUGCAGUGUUGGCAGUGACUGGGAGAGGAGUGGAGGUGCCAACCCAAAGGGAAACCUUCCCGUCUUGCAACCCAAAAAGAGAAACCUUCCACUCUCCCAACCCAAGAAGGAACGCCUUUUGCUCUCUGAAUCCAAAGGGAAACCUUUGGCUCUCCCAACCCAGGAGGGAAAACUCUGCUCUCCCAACCAGCCGAAGAGGUUCAGCAACCCAACUCCUCUCUCACCUCAUCAGCAGAAACCAUUUCAGCCCUUUCUCUUAACAAAGCUGUAAAGAGAAACGCUGACGAUCUCUUGGUCCUAUCUGUACAGUUUGGGUUAUCAGAGUUUGCAUCUCUGGAGCAAUGUACAUUUGUGAAUAUAUUGCUUUGAAUACUAAGUUAUCACCGACCCUAGAGCUUCUAUAAUAAAUUACUGGGUGUUUUAUUACAA